GAUUAAAGGUGCUUGCUGUGGCAUGUUUUUGCAUCUAAUGUUUUAUCUCCUCUGGCCCUUCGACUCAUUUUGAGGAGAUUGUUUAUGUGGGGGAUGCUCACCUCAGGAGUUUGGGGAGAUGGGGGUGUAAGCACAUAUCACUGAUAACGGUGGGAGGUGCAUUCUUGCCAAGGGGGGUUCUUGUUUCUCUGAAGGCCAUAUAAACUCCUCUGAAGAGUUUCUCUGUCCACCACUAUCACAAUUGUUCUCUUCCUGCGAGGUCUCUGAGUUGUCUUCUUGUGAAGUUUGGAGAUGGCUGUGGUUCAUGCUGAAGUGAGCGUCUGGAGUAAGCCAUGGGAUCACAGGUUUCACAUAUAUGGAGGACAAGUGUGUAAUACACUAAUGGCAGGUUCCUGGGAUGACAGAACACCUCUACACGAUGCUGCUUUGCAAGGAAGAUUGCUGCCACUGCGAAGACUCCUUUCACAGGGAUACAAUGUGGGCAUGGCUACAUUAGAUGGAAUCACACCACUGCAUGAAGCAUGUGUUGGAGGCCAUUUUACCUGUGCUAAACAACUUCUGGAACAUGGCGCUGAUGCGAAUGCCGUCUCCUUUGAUGGAGCCACUCCUCUCUUCAAUGCAUGCUGGAGUGGAAACCCCACUCUCGUCAGCCUCAUUCUGAUGUACAGCUCUGUCCACCAUCCGGCUCAUCUGCUGAGCUCACCUCUUCAUGAAGCAGCAAAGAGAGGUCACACAGCAUGUGUUGAACUGCUGCUGUCUCAUGGUGUGAAUGUGGACAUGGAGUUGCCCAGCAUAGGAACACCGCUGUACUGUGCAUGUGAAUCCAAGAGCACAGACUGUGUUCAAAGCCUGCUGAUCUCAGGCGCUGAUGUGCAAUGUGGGCGGGGUCUUGACACACCUUUACAUGCUGCAACCAGAGUGGGCGGAGCAAAGGAGGUGGAGCUACUGUUGAAGCAUGGAGCUGAUUGGACAUCAAGGAACUCAGAGGGAAAGAAACCUCUGGAAUUGACUACAGAUCAGAGUAUCAAACAUCUCUUGCAGAUUGCAGGUCCUUGCUCUCUUUCUCAACUGUGCAGAUGGUCUAUUCGACGUUCACUGGGACAAAAAGGACUAAACAAAACUAAGUUGCUUUGCUUACCACUUAUCCUGCACAAUUAUCUUCUCUAUCAUUAAAACACACAUAAAUAUUAUCCAAACACUCUUCCAUAAUCUUUCUCUUUUAGUAACAUUAUGUGCACAUUUUUAUUUGUAAAUAAUCUUUGUAUAAAUGUAGCUACUUAAUCUUUGCUUUUUGUAAUAAAUAUUGUUAUACA